CCUCACCAGAUAAGAGACAUUCUUUAGGACUAGUGAGAACUCUGAUUAAUUGAAUCCAUUAGUCUGGACUGCAUCGACUAGCACAGAUUGAAGAAUCAAAUCUGCAGGUUUGUUGAUCUGCGUGGCUCAGCUAUUUCCCAGACUGGAGGGUUGAGAUGCCAAGAAUGGACUAGAGACAGUUUCGCCCCCAGGUGGCUGGUUUACUUUGUUGAACCUCCAGCUGAAAAGUUCUUUAAACUUUCGCUUCCGGAACCAGCGGAAGAAACCAGAAAUCCAAGCGAAAGGAUUAGAAAAAUCCUUCCCGAGCGAGUGUUUUGGUUGUGCCCCGUAUCCUAAACAAGGAAUGAAAACUAGCAAUGCAGAAGAAACAAGCUACUCAGCUCUCAUUAUCUGAGGAGGAUUCCAAUGAGGAGGAAGAAGGAUAAUGAAGAUGGGACCCACAUUGCACAGAUCAGCCACUUACACCGCUGCUCGUGAUGCCAGGGAUACCCUAACAGCUCAAAGGAUCUAAUUUGGUAAAAUGUUGAAAAGAUUGCUUCCAGACUGUUAACUCUGUUAAAUUAGUUCAUCCAGUGGAUGGACAGCAACACAAUGUCGGACGGAACAACAAUCGCUGGACAAUCUCAUACACAGACAUCACUCAGAACCAUUGUGUAUUGAACAUCUGAAAUCUCUUUAUUGCCCACACUCUAAGAAAGAGGUUGUUGCGGUUUGUAAAGGCGUCAAAUCUUUGGUGAUUGCGGCAUUAUGUCAAAACAGAGGGAGAUGAUCAACUUGUCAUUUCUGACAGAUAAAGAAAGGGAAGUAAUCAUGGAAGUUCUCCUCCGAGAUGAGAUGUUGCGGACAUCUGAGGAAAAGCGAAUAAGAAAAUCAGUGGGAAUUCAUGCAUCCGAUGCUUUGCAUAGACUUUUGAUGUAUCACCUCUGGCUAUCGGAAGUUGAAUUGGUGGCUCUCCUUCCUGACCAGCCUGUCCUCAGUCCAAGGAAGUUGAAGAGUGAGCUGUUGGAAAUACGACGUAAGGGAGCGAAACGUGGCAGUAAGGACUACAGUGAUAAGACUUGUGCACGAUGCCAGCAGACACUGGGCCGCUUUGUCAAGAGUGGUAAUGUGUGCAAGCAGUGUAACCACCUGGUGUGUAAAGAAUGUGGCGUUUCAGGUGUAGAUGGAAGGUGGAAAUGCACUGUGUGCAUCAAGGAGGCAAAGCUAAAGAAACAAACUGGAGAUUGGUUCUUUGAAUGCCGAACAAAACGGCACAGCAUUGAUUUAGGCAGCGAUAUAAUCAGAGCAUCAUUAAAGAGGAAAUAUGCCUUAAAUAAGCGAGAGACAGCAGGACAGGCGUUACUGCAGAAGGCAUUGGCCAACGAAGCAAAAGCAAGUGCUAUUGCAAAGGCAAGGCAGAAGACAUCUCAAGAUGAAGGCAGGGUUUCUAGCAUCCUGUCUGAAUCCCAAGAGGGUUCCGAGCAGCCAAGCGACACAGAGUCCACUGGACAUAUGAGCAUCAGUAGCCAUAAGAGCAACUCGCAAUCUCCCUCCAAACACAAUACACCUAACAAUUCCAGGCGGAGUUCCUUAACAGAGAGCAGUACUAUGGAUGAACAUCCCAUUUCCAAACCCAUGAACACAGGCAGCAUGACUCUCCCAGCCAUAUCGAAGUCACCCACCAUCAGCAAAACCAACAUACAAUCUGACUUGGGCAACGAAACCCGCACAAAAAAACACAGCAGAAUUUCAAUGGAUGAAAACGUUUCUGAGAAUGUGUUUAAAAAGAGUGCAAAAAGCAUUCUGAAGCCCACAGAUUAUAGUAAAUCUGUGAUGGAUCUUCACGUAUCGGAUUCUGCAAACUUAAGUGAUUCCAUGGGAGACCGUAGUCAGUCAGUUCCAGGUCUCAAUGUGGAGCAGGAGGAGGAGGAAGAGGACAUUGAUAAAUUGGUGAAAAUUCACCGGUUGACAAACGCUCGUCAAAGCCUCCAGAGUGGCAAUUCUGUUAGUACAACAGGCAGCAUGAUUAGCAUCUACAGUGAGGCAGGUGACUAUGGCAAUGUCACAGUUACUGGGGAAAUCAUUUUCCUUCUGAAUUAUGACCAAAAGAAACAGGCACUUAAUAUACAUGUGAAGGAGUGUCGUAACCUGGCUCAUGGAGAUGAGAACAAGAAGCGGUCAAACCCCUAUGUGAAGUCUUAUCUGUUACCAGAUAAAUCCCGACAAAGUAAACGAAAGACUACAGUUAAACGUAAUACAACUGACCCUGUCUACAAUGAAAUCUUACGGUACGACAUCAGUGAGUCACAGUUAAUUAUGAGGACGUUGCAACUUUCUGUCUGGCACUCUGACCGCUUUGGACGGAAUGCUUUUCUGGGAGAGGUGGAUCUCUCACUAGAUAUUUGGAACUUCAAUAAUGAGUCUGAGGAAUGCCUUCCUCUUCACAGUAAGGCAAAUGCAGAAUCUGGCAUUAUUCCUCCAUAUAAAGGGGAAUUGGUACUUUCAAUAAAAUACAUUCCAACUGCCCCCAUGGACAAGAGUAAAGGAAAGAAGGGCACAAGGCCACUCGAGGGUGGGGAGCUACAGGUGUGGAUUAAGGAAGCCAAGAACCUUACACCAAUGAAAGUAGGAGGAACAUCAGACACUUUUGUCAAAGGGUACCUAUUACCAUUCAGAACCAAAACAUCUAAACGGAAAACUCCUGUGGUGAAGAAGACAUUGAACCCUCACUAUAACCACACCUUUGUGUACAGUGGUGUGAAGCUUGAGGACUUGCAGCAUGUCUGUCUGGAGCUGACCAUCUGGGAUAGAGAGCCCCUGUCCAGCAAUGAUUUUCUCGGAGGAGUUCGCCUUGGAGUUGGAAAUGGAGUUAGCAAUGGACAAAAAGUGAACUGGAUGGAUUCAGUGGGAGAGGAGAGCAACGUUUGGCGGAGGAUGACCCAAUACCCUGGUUCCUGGGUUGAAGGAACACUGUUACUUCGUCCAAACAUGACUGGGCACAUCUAGACAGGGGAUAAAAUGUACAACUUUACUUCCAAAAAGUACAUCCUGAAUUACUAUAUUGCAAACAGAAAAUUGGUCAAGUUUUCCAGCACCAAAUUACAUAUUAGAGUUUCAUCCCCAAAACAACAAAAGUUCCAUAUAUUCAUUCAUACCAAAAUCUGCCUCAGGAAUGGAGAGAAUAUUUUUGAUUAGAAACAAAUAUGAUUAGCUCCAUGAAUUCACAGGAACCAGAAUGGUAGCUUGUGGUAGACUGAGAUCCGACCAUGCCAGCAACUGAAGGAGAAAUCAGGGAAGAGAAAAUUUUAUGUUAAGAGAAUUGAUGUGAGGGCAUUUUAAAAAUGCUUCUCUUGCAGCCUGCAUUCACAUGGUUCUUUUCCUUACCCACCCCCUGCAUUAAUCAAUAAUGAAAGUGACAAUAGUGAAAUCAGUGCUACAUUCCUUAAGUCGGAUUAUUAAUUUGAUCUUUGGACGUGGAUCUUACAUUCAGAUAUUAACUCUUUUGCUCCUCAUUCAAUCUAUUGCUGUAUUUUGCUAUUUUGCUUUUUGUUGUGGGAAAUUUGUAGCUGGAAUAUUUUUGUUUUCAAGGUCAGUAAUAUUCCCUCAUUUAACAGAAAAUUGUAUAUUGCCUCCAUGCUAUUAAUGGUGGAGUGUUAGCUUGUGGUAAAAUACAGGCUGAGAGUUCCCUUAAUUUCACUACUCGUUUCAGAUUGGAAAAUCAGGAAUAGGUUAUUGCCUCCAUUUCCCCUAUUACAUAAAAUGCCAUAAGAUUGUUAAAGCCAUCAUUGCUGCUGCAGGUACACACCAGAAAAUCAAAAAUAAUCAAAACAGCACAUCAAAAUGAGGCACUCUCCAUUUCUCAAGUAAACUUAGAACAAUCUUGUCAGACUCAAAGAAAUCCCUUUGACAGUCGAAGCUUUGUAAGGUUUUAAACUCAGAAGCAAAGUAUUAGUUUAAUAAAACCUUGUUUGAGGGGAAUCCAUGCAAGUUCCUACCAAGUACAGGAAAUUUAUUUGGUGGGUUUUACAUUGUCUCAUUGGGUAAGUUAAACAUUCAAAAUAUAUAGAUUAUGAAUAUCUUGUUGAACUUAAAACACAUACAAACAUCUACACUCCUUCAGAAAAAUGGGACGGGCCUUCAUUCCUCCUCCAUUUUAUGUAGCUUUUCUCCCAGUUGAUGGUAUAUUGAUUCAACAAAUGGCUUCCACAUUACUGUUACUGUCUUCAAUACCUUUUAUAGUCAGUCAAUAUAAUUUGUUCAACUUUAGUUAGCCUUAAUCUACUUUUUUGAUCUUUAACAUAAAACCUAAUGUCAUCAUCAAAUAUUAAACCCUAAGAUGUCAGGCUUUGCCUGCCACUUCUUUGUGUGGGUUGUUGAUUAGUCUAUGAUGUUAGCUGGCUUUCACUGAUAUCCUGAAGUUAAUGUCAAAUUUAUAGAUUAAGGAUAAUGUGCAUAAAUGCUGGCCAAUGUUGGGUGCCAAGCAAUAAGCAUCUGUUUCAAUUCCAUCCAAUGGUUUAACUGAUUUUAUGAGUGAUGAGGAAAGACGCCUCAUUUAUGCUUCAAUGCAGUGGGAGGUUUCACAACCUAAUUUCCACCAAUGGUUUAAUUCGGUGAGUAGCUGAUCCAUAUAGUCCACUAAAGCCUGGGCUCGGUGAAGUGUUAGGAUGGAAAUGUGAUGAAUACCUGGGUGUGUUUAAUGGUAUAUUUCAUACAAAUCUGUUACAUAGUCUAUGCUUUAAAAUGAUUAAAGUGUAAAUAUUGGCUACUGUACUAGAGUUUCAUUGCACAAACCUCAAGAGCUGACAGGAAAAGAAUAUGCACAUAUAUCUGGAAACACAUUGUAUAUUAAUAACGUUGUUUACAUCUGUAGGUUUCUCUAGUGUCUGCUCCAUAACUGCAAAAAGCAUUUUGAAACAGAACAACUUCAGUUCAUCAGGAAAAAUGCCCUUUUUAUCUUUCUUUCUGCCACCUUAGACUUCAAAGAGAGACAUAUAACAUAUAAAAAGGCUGGUUUCCCAUUCUUGUAAUUUAAUUACUUAAUUUUCCUCCAUAGUGAUGAGGCAGAACUCCAUUGAGGCUGAAGCACUUAAUUAUAUCGUUUCUGAAACAAUCACAUGGACUCUGAAAAAUGACUUUAGGGAUUAUGAUUUUCAUGUUGAUCUCAAGUUCUGAUUUAUCUUUUUUGACUAUAUAAUUUUACUUACAAUAAAGUUUAGUAUUUUUAGCUGUGA